CCUGCGACCUAGCUGAGCUAAUAGGCAAGGAAACGUGGAAGCCCUUAAAUAGCGAUUGAGUAAAAUACCUAUCGAGAGAACCAUACACUUAUAAGUGCAAACACUAUAGUAAAGUGAAAAUUGAGAGAACUGAAAGAGCUAUGAAGGGUUAUGAGCCACGUUCAAGCUCUUCUUGUGCAGCUUGCAAGUUCUUGAAGAGAAGGUGCAUACCCAAUUGCAUAUUUGCACCUUACUUUCGCUCUGACGAGUGCAAGAAAUUCGCCAAGGUGCACAAGGUGUUCGGGGCAAGCAAUGUGAGCAAGAUCCUCGUUGAGGUUCCUGAGGAACAGAGAGAGGAUACGGUGAAUUCGCUUGCUUAUGAGGCGGAAGCACGGCUUCGGGACCCGGUUUAUGGAUGCAUUGGUGCCAUAGCUCUGCUGCAAAGGAAGAUGGUGGAGCUUCAACAUGACCUUGCCAUUGCUAAGGACCGUCUUGCUCGUUAUACUGCUGCUGCUACUACUGCUACUGCUACUACCACCACUUCUGAUGCCUUGAUUAAUGGCCAUGUUAGUUUGCCACCCUUCCCUGAUUUUUUCACUUGUGCUGAUAAUUUCAAUAAUGACAACUUCUGUCACACCUCUUCGUCUCAAUCAUCAUUCACCAGACAUGAAACGGUGGAUGAUUUCAUUCAAAUCCCAUAUAUAUUUUGAGAUAUGUUGUUAGUUAUGACCCCCCCCCCCCCCCCCCCCCUCUCUCUUUGUUGUAAUUGUUCUGAAUUUUCUGAUAAAUCAUCAAAAGCAGCGACAGUGUUGUAUAUGCUAAUAAAUAAUCAAGCUAGAAUGAAUUGGUCUUAAUUGAAAUCUUUUAGCUUCAUAAUUCCUAUGCUACCAGGACAAAAAUUAGAUAUACUGUUGCACGGCUGCUUUCGGUGUUAUUCUUCUAUCAGAAUUGGAGUUUCAAUCUUAGUAAUUCAUGUAAUAAAGGUUUCUAUUAAAUCAUGAUGCAAAAUCAUUGAGGUAAAA